CUAGGACACGCCUAGUCAUUAGAGAGAGGGGUUGUGUUUGUGUUUAACUAUUAACCAAGUCAUAGACCAACAAAAUGGGAAUGAGAGAGACUGGUGGCGCUACCAGGAAGUACUUUCCGUCCGGGUGGAGUGUGGCAGCCAAACCAUGCGAUUACUGCAAGUCCGCCGCGGCGUUGCUGUUCUGCCGGACUGACUCGGCGUUUAUGUGCAUGGGGUGCGAUGCUGAGGUUCAUGGCUCAAAUACCACGGUGGCGCGUAGUGAUCACGCGAGGGUGUGGCUUUGUGAGGUUUGUGAGGAAGCUCCAGCUACUGUCACGUGUAAGGCCGACGCAGCCGCGCUCUGUGUCACGUGCGACCGUGACAUCCACUCUGCUAACCCACUUGCCCGCCGUCAUGAACGGUUACCGGUGGUCCCUUUUUAUGAGACCGCCGAGUCUGUUGUCAAGUCCACCGCUGCAGCCCUCCUCGCCCCUGGCGAUGACGAUGUCUCGAAAACCACCAUGACCAUAGUUUCAGAUAACCGUAGCUGCAGUGAUAAUAGUAACCAUACCGAUGUAACUGACACGGGGCGUUACAUAACGGAGACGAAAACAGGAGGCUUGACCAUUGAAGAACCCUGGAUCCUGUCCAAUCCAGUGACUUCAAAACUCCAAGAAGAUGGUCCAGACUUGAAAGCCAUAGAAUUCUUGUUAUCCGAUUCGGAUCAUUUUCUUGACUUGGAGUAUCCGGCGUCCACUAACAUGGGAUUUGAACAAAUCCAAGCACCGUAUCAUGGUUCUGGAGCUGAUAGCAUAGUCCCAGUUCAAUCCAUUAAGCUUCCGGUCCCGGAAAAAGUGAUAGUCCCAGGGCAAGUGAUUGAUCUCUCACCGGAAAAUCACUUUGAAAUUGACUUCACCAUAUCCAAGCUUAAUUCAUACAAAAACAGCUAUGCCGCUCAAUCUCUCAGCCACAGUGUUUCUUCGUCAUCCUUGGAUGUUGGAGUAGUGCCUGAUGGGAGCUCCAUGUCCGAUAUCUCAUACCCAUUUGGUCAACAAAUAUGUUCCAGUUACGAGCUCAAUGGUUCAGUGAACACAAGCCAAGCUUCACAGCUUGUGGGCAUGGACAGGGAAGCUAGGGUUAUGAGGUACAGAGAGAAGAGGAAGAACAGGAAGUUCGAGAAGACGAUAAGGUACGCAUCGCGAAAGGCCUAUGCCGAGACGCGGCCUCGGAUCAAGGGCCGAUUCGCGAAGCGAAUCGAGGUUGACUCGGAGAUGGAUCGGAAGUUCAGCUCUGAGGGUAGUGAUUUCGUGGUGGAUGGUGGAUACGGCGUCGUUCCAUCGUUUUGAUGGAAGAAUUUGACAAUCUUGUAUUGUUCAAGGAUGGGGAUUAGGUCUAUAAGAAAUAAUCUACGGUGGAUGUUAACUGUUAAGUAAAGUUUUUGUCUAAUAGUUGUUUUCGAUCGUUGAUUUGCAGCAGCAGCGUAUUGUCAAUUGUGCUCUUGCAUAUUAAAAUGUUCAUGAUCAGAAGAAGUCCAACAACUUUUCUCGUUGGUCAACUUUUUCCACUUCUGCGUUUCUC